UUUUUUUUUAUCCUGUUAAAGCGCCAUGCGACCUUGCAAAGAAAUUUCAUUCGUUGCUGUGGCUUUGGCUCAGGGAUAUUUGACCCUUUGCCUCUUUCUUUUGUCUUUUGGCUUUGCGAAAUGGAUGGUUCACUGGUUCUUGAGCUGAACUGAUAACGGGAUUACUCCGGAGUUUAUAUUCUAUCCAGAGACAAACCUGGUCACCCACGGAAAAGCUUGCCCAGUGAUCAUCAUUUGAAUAUUUAUAAACAACAUCACCCUUUUCCGCUCCAUGCACUUCUCUGUUCAUUUUAUUUCGUGCAGUUCUUUCUUUUUCGACAAUUUUGCAUGCAUUUUCAAGUUGUCCUUGUAUGCAUCGUGGUCAAUUUAGCGACUACGAUCGCUCUUCAGAUGGGUGAGCGGUGCGAUCCUAAUCCCUACUACUCGGCCAGUUGGCAAUACGAAGAUUCGUGUGAUAAUGUCUAUCUGUACUGCGAUGCGAAUACCAGUACCUGCCAACUCAAAGGAUGUUCCAACGCAGACUUUAUUCUAGGUUGGGAUACACAGACACAUAAUUUACCGUCACGAUGCAACUCCACCACGUUUUGCCCCGACAGUAAUUCUCAAUGUACACCGUUAUUGCCCGUAGGAGGACAUUGCGAAAUGCAACGAGAUGAUGAAUGUGCGGGACAAAAUUCGAUCUGUCUCAAUUCAACUUGUCACAUCAAAGGCGUUCCUUUGGGUGCUCACUGUGGCGCUGAUACCACUAAUUUCGUCACAUACGAUGCACAAGGUUAUGCUAUCCAUCAAACGAUUAUCCGCGAUAACUGUACCACAGGCGCUUACUGCGAUGAGCAACGUACAUCGACUUGCAUCACGGCGAAACCCAAUGGGCAAUUUUGUAACCAAGAUCGCGAAUGCUUGUCCGAGACGUGUCACGCCGAUGGUAUAUGUAUUAAUGGACCUGAAGUGUUUCGUAUGAUUCCUUCCUGGUUGUGGGGCGUAGUGGGAUUAUCGAUUGUGCUGUUUGUUCUCCUCACCAUGGGAGCACUGUGGAUACUGCAGCGAUACCAGUCGCGAAAGGAACACGAAAAGAUUGCCAAGUUUUUCGGCGACAACGAGGAGUUUGCCAAGCACGCAUUAAUGGAUCACGAUAGUCAAUCCACUGAAGGCCUGACCCGAUCUUCACCACCCACGGAAGGACACGGCAGCUUUGUUUAUUUGGCGACGCCGGAUUAUGUAAAAUCCUCGGCUCUGUCAGCCCACUCCUGGCGCAACCCGGCUCCUAAGCAUCGCGAUUCCUCUUUCUCUCAUCGCGAUACAACCACGUUAUCCACUAGGCCUCAAUCGCCGCAGUAAAAAUAGAUAAUUUCUUCAUCCGAUAAUAUAGAAGAAUCCCGUUUUAUUGUCAAUGCAUGGCUGCGCAAUCCCCCAAAAAUUUGCUCAAGGCCGUAAAAGGCAUGUGUUGUGGUGCCUGAGUUUCGCUUGUUGAAAAAGAAAAAAAAUUGUGCUACGAGUCCAAUAAGUUUUUCAGUCAAGACCUUCUCCAUUAUCCAAAAGAAAAUAACCUGUAAGUCGUCGAACGUUGACACAAAAAUUCCUUCUUAAGAGUAUCCCUAACAUAUUGGCCGGGAUAAGGAAUCUUGGUGACUUGCUACAACCGUGCAGAAUCAGUUAUUCUUGCAUUCGUCUUGAAAGCGACGCGGUUGAUCCUUCUAAUGACUGUGUAUGUGAUUCUAUGAUUCGGCUUACAAAUAGUAGGAAAGAAUAAAG